GCGGCGCGGUGGGAACUGUCCUCGCGCGGAGGGGUGCUGCUGAAACAAGAUGGCUGUGCGCGCAGGAGGAGCAGCAGCAGCGGAGGAGGAGGAGGAGAGCUGAGGCAAUGCAGAGGAAGGAGAAGAGAGGGGGGCGAGGAAUUCACUCCGGUGUGUGUCUACUUGUAAUUGUCCUGUCAAAAGAGAGCAACAGCUCCUCAGAGAGAAAAAACACCACCAGCGCUUCUGACCAUGAUGCUAAACGGUUUCCGUCACCAGGUAACCGUUGAGGGUAACGGUUUGGCGGUUUGAGUGUUCUUUUUUUUCUUGUAACCAAAGAGACCAACGGACCAACGGACCAAACAAAUCACGGAGCACUCUCAAUAGAGGACAGCCGGGGACGCUCACACCGCUAUCAGAGAUGUCCCUGCUAUGUGUGGGAGUGAAGAAAGCCAAGCUGGAUGGACCCCAAGAGAAGUUCAACACUUAUGUGACUCUAAAGGUACAAAAUGUGAAGAGCACAACCAUUGCUGUCAGGGGCAACUUGCCCAGCUGGGAGCAAGACUUCAUGUUUGAAAUCAACCGCUUGGACCUGGGUCUGACAGUAGAGGUGUGGAACAAAGGGUUAAUCUGGGACACCAUGGUCGGCACUGUGUGGAUCCCCCUCCGUAGCAUCCGACAGUCAAAUGAGGAAGGUCCAGGGGAGUGGCUCACACUGGACUCUCAGGUCAUCAUGAAUGAUAACGAGAUCUGUGGCACCAAAGAGCCCACUCUCCACCUGGUGCUGCUCGACACACGCUUUGAACUGCCUCUCGAUAUCCCUGAGGAUGAGGCGCGAUACUGGGCUAAAAAACUGGAGCAGCUGAAUGCCAUGAGGGACCAAGAUUAUUCUUACCAGGAGGAGCAGGAACGCCCUCUACGUGUACCGGGAACCCAGUGCUGUAACUGGAGUCUAUGGGGAGACCAACAAAAUGAAGACCCAGACAGUGCUGUGGACGACAGGGACAGCGACUAUCGCAGUGAAACCAGUAACAGCAUCCCCCCUCCCUACUACAGCACUUCCCAGCCCAACGCCUCUGUCCACCAGUAUCCCAUCAGCCAACAGCACCGCAGCUCCAGAAGCUUUUCUUACCCGCGCUCUGGCAACAGCCAAGACCUCGAAUACCAACAUCAGAGGACUGUCAGUCCCUCAGGGAGCUACGCAUCGUCUGCAGAGCUGAGUCGGUGCAGCAGUCAACUGAGCGAGGAGGACUAUGGCGUUGAGUAUGGAGAGAGGGACCCUUACGAUGAGAACGACUCUUACCACUCCUGCCACUCCUCGGUUAGCUACAGUAAAGGCUCUCCAGACUGGGACCCUGAUGAGACCCAGGGGGCGUACAGCGAUGAGGGCGGCUACAGCAAAGACGGAGGAGAGGAGGCGGCGCUGUACGAAGAGGAUGACGGAGGACUGUAUGAGGGAGAAGAGGAGGGCCUCUACGAGGAUGAAGAGAUGAUCUAUGAUGAUGAGGAUUUGUAUAACUUGGAUGGGACUCUCAGUGAGGAGUUGGAGCCUCCGUUUACCCCCACCCCAACGUCAACAGCCCCCCCAACGCUGGAUGUACCCAGCUCCAGACCUCCUCUGGAGAAACAGCCGUCCUUACACCAACAGCAGCCCCCUACUCAACCCCCCAACCAAACAUCCAGCCAGUCUAAUCCUCCUGGCAUGGCCCCAUCAGCACCGCCCCCCUCUGGUCAACCAACAGCCCAACCACCUAAACAGCCCCCGCCCAAAACACAGCCUCAGCCGCAGCCAGCCCCGUCCGCCUCGUCCGCCACUUCCUUCUUCUCAAUGGCCAAUCCUCUAACAGCUGCAGUCACAGGCUUGGCUUCUUCUUUUCUGUCUUCUGUUCCCACCGCGCAGCCUGCCCAGUCUCACCCUCCAGCCUCAGCCGUAUCUCAGCAACACCAGUCUGCUGCAGCCAGCGUUGUCCCUCCAUCCCACCCAGCCAUCGUGGUUAACUCAGCCUCCCAGCCUCCCUCGACUGCCACGGGCCCUUCCUCCCAACAGGCCCCUACCUCUGGGCUGCCUCAAUCCCAUCUCAACGGUCCUGCCACCUCACAGUCAGCUGCCCCUGAGGACCAGGCGCUCCAGUCAGAGGAGCCAUGGCUAGAGGAGGAAACAAUGUUGGAAAAGGAGGCCAGGACGCCUCCUGCUCAGCCAGAGGAGAAGCUCCCCAUGGAGGAGAUGGAGGAACAUUUUCAAGAGAGCAGGCCGCCGACGCCAGUAGAGGAAGAAGAGAUGCCGCCUGAGAGUCCUCCAGUCAUAGAGGAGCCCAAAGAGCCAGUGGAUCCAGCAGUCAGAGCCAAAGAGAACUGGCUAAGACUCUACAACAAAGUCUUAGAGCAGCUUCGGGAGGCUCGAGGAGAGACCUCCAGCUCGCUAUGGUUCGGUAAAGGAGGAAUGGGAGGUGCACUCUACAGUAUUGACAGCAUGCCUGACCUUCGCAAGAGGAAAGCCGUUCCUAUGGUCAGAGAUCUGUUAAUGUCUCUAGUGCAGAGCUCUCGUAAGGCUGGAAUCACCUCCGCCAUGGCUUCCACCACGCUCGGCAAUGAAGAGCUGAAAAGUCAUGUUUAUAAAAAGACCCUGCAGGCUCUGAUCUACCCCAUCUCCUCCACAACUCCACACAACUUUGAGGUGUGGACAGCCACCACCCCCACCUACUGCUACGAAUGCGAGGGGCUGCUUUGGGGUAUCGCCCGACAAGGCAUGCGCUGCUCCGAGUGUGGCGUCAAAUGCCACGACAAGUGCCAGGAUCUGCUCAAUGCCGACUGUCUGCAGAGAGCUGCAGAGAAGAGCUCCAAGCACGGGGCAGAGGACCGAACCCAGAACAUCAUCAUGGUACUGAAGGACCGCAUGAAGAUCAGAGAGCGGAACAAACCAGAGAUCUUUGAGCUAAUCCUGGAAGUCUUCCACCUCGACAAAACAACACACGGCACGCAAAUGAAACAAAUCAAGCAGAGCGUGCUAGAAGGGACCUCCAAAUGGUCAGCGAAGAUCAGCAUCACUGUGGUAUGUGCUCAGGGCCUGCAGGCUAAAGACAAAACAGGCUCCAGUGACCCUUAUGUAACUUGUCAAGUUGGGAAGACGAAGAAGAGAACCAAGACCAUCUACGGAAACCUCAACCCUGUCUGGGAAGAAAACUUCCACUUCGAAUGCCACAACUCGUCUGACCGCAUCAAGGUUCGCGUGUGGGACGAGGAUGACGACAUCAAGUCACGCGUGAAACAGAGGUUCAAGCGUGAGAGCGACGACUUCCUGGGGCAAACCAUCAUCGAAGUCCGGACUCUGAGCGGGGAGAUGGACGUUUGGUACAACCUGGACAAGAGAACUGAUAAGUCUGCUGUGUCGGGAGCCAUCCGGAUGCACAUAAGUGUGGAGAUCAAAGGAGAGGAGACGGUUGCUCCUUACCAUGUCCAGUACACUUGUCUACACGAGCAUCUGUUCCAGUACACCACUGAGGAGCAGAAUGGCGGUGUAGUAAAGAUCCCUGAUGCCAAAGGGGACGAUGCCUGGAAGGUGUAUUUUGAGGAGACGGCUCAGGAGAUAGUGGACGAGUUUGCCAUGAGAUACGGAGUAGAGUCCAUCUACCAGGCCAUGACCCACUUCGCCUGCUUGUCAUCUAAGUACAUGUGCCCAGGAGUGCCAGCUGUGAUGAGCACCCUGCUUGCCAACAUCAACGCUUACUACGCCCACACCACCCAGUCCUCCAACAAUGUUUCUGCCUCAGACAGAUUUGCUGCAUCAAACUUUGGCAAGGAGAGGUUUGUCAAACUGCUGGAUCAGCUGCACAACUCCCUGAGGAUCGACCUGUCCAUGUACCGGAAUAACUUCCCCGCAAGCAGUCCUGAAAGACUACAAGACCUCAAGUCUACAGUUGAUCUCUUGACGAGUAUCACUUUCUUCAGGAUGAAGGUCCAGGAGUUGCAGAGUCCCCCCAGGGCAAGCCAAGUGGUGAAAGACUGUGUGAAAGCCUGUCUCAACUCCACCUACGAGUACAUUUUCAACAACUGCCACGACCUCUACAACAGGGAAUAUCAGACAGACCCUGCGAAGGCAGACGCUCCAGAUGAGCAGGGUCCCAGCACCAAAAACCUGGACUUCUGGUCCAAACUCAUCACCCUCAUUGUCUCCAUCAUAGAGGAGGACAAAAACUCCUACACUCAUUGCCUUAAUCAGUUUCCCCAGGAACUGAACGUGGGCAAGAUCAGCGCCGAGGUCAUGUGGAAUAUGUUUGCUCAAGACAUGAAAUACGCCAUGGAGGAGCACGAGAAAAAACGCCUGUGUAAAAGCGCAGAUUAUAUGAACUUGCAUUUCAAGGUGAAGUGGCUCUACAACGAGUACUGCAAGGAGCUGACCACUUUCCAGAAGCACGUACCUGAAUACCCAGCCUGGUUUGAACCAUUUGUCGUCAUGUGGUUGGAUGAGAAUGAAGAAGUGUCCAGAGAUUUUCUGCAUGGAGCCCUGGAGAGGGACAAAAAAGACGGGUUCCAGGUCACAUCAGAGCACGCUUUGUUCUCCUGCUCAGUGGUGGACGUGUUCUCUCAGCUCAAUCAGAGCUUUGAAAUCAUCCGCAAACUGGAGUGCCCCGACCCUCAGAUCGUUGGCAACUACAUGAAGAGAUUUGCCAAGACCAUUGGUAAUGUCCUGCUGGCUUACGCUGACAUCAUUGAAAAGGAUUUUCAAAAUCAUGUCAAGAAAGAGAAAGUGCCAUGUAUCAUCAUCAAUAACAUCCAGCAGCUCAGAGUUCAGUUGGAGAAGAUGUUUGAGGCCAUGGGAGGCAAAGAUCUCAAUCUGGAGGCGAGUGACUUCCUCAAGGAGCUGCAGAACAAACUCAACAGCGUCAUGGACGACCUCAGCCGCAUCUUUGCUGUCAGUUUCCAGCCACAGAUCGAGGACAACGUGAGGCAAAUGGGAGACAUCCUAGCCCAGGUAAAAGGUCAGACCGUCCCGGCCAACGGCAGCGUGGUUCAGGAUGCCGACAACGUCCUGCAGCCCAUCAUGGACUUCCUGGACAUCAACCUGUCGCUGUUCGCUAAGAUCUGUGAGAAGACCGUCCUGAAGAGAGUGCUGAAGGAGCUGUGGAAACUAGUGAUGAACACAAUGGAAAAAACAAUUGUGCUUCCAACACUCACUGACCAGACGGGCACUCAGAUGAUCUUCAACGCUGCUAAGGAGUUGGGCCAGCUUUCCAAGCUCAAGGAGCACAUGGGGCGAGAGGAGGCCAAAGCUCUCAGUCCUAAACAGUGUGCAAUAAUAGAGCUGGCAUUGGACACUAUUAAGCAAUACUUCCAUGCUGGCGGUGUGGGCCUGAAGAAGACAUUCUUGGAGAAGAGUCCAGACCUGCAGUCUCUGCGCUACGCCCUGUCUCUGUACACCCAGGCCACAGACAAGCUCAUCAGGAAGUUUGUCCUCUCACAGAGCGCUCAGGUCCACGGAGGGAAAGGGCUCAGGUGCACGGCAAACGAAGACACACCGCCAGAGAAAGCAUCUGGAGUGGAUGCAGUUGGCGAGGUGGUUAUGUGCGUGGACAUUUUACCCCAACCUAAUGGAGAGCACAAGAUCAGCGUCAAAGUGGUGGCUGCUAAUGACCUGAAAUGGAAGGCGCAGGGCUUCAGGCCCUUCGUGGAGGUCUACAUCAUCGGCCCUCACCUCAGCGACAAGAAGAGGAAAUUUGCCACCAAGUCCAAGAACAACACCUGGUCACCUAAGUUCCUUGAGAGCUUCCAGUACUCCUUGGGUACGGAGGUGGGUCCAGAGAGCUACGAGCUGCAGGUGUGUGUGAAGGACUACUGCUUCGCCAGAGAGGACCGCACCGUGGGCAUGGCCGUGGUGCAGGUGAAGGACAUAGCCAGCAAGGGCAGCGUCACCUGCUGGAUGCCGCUGGGCAGACGUGUCCACAUGGACGAGACGGGCCUGACGGUGCUGCGCAUCCUCUCUCAGCGUAACAACGACGAUGUGGCAAAAGAGUUCGUCAAGCUCAAGUCGGACCAGCGCUCAGCUGAGGAGGGCCGCACGUGAGGGAGGGCGGAGAGAGCGAGGACACAAGUGUGUGCACAAAAACACCAGAGACACAGUAGGCACACAUAUAGUAGUCCCACCUACAUAGAUAGACAACCAUGUGCAAUACACAAGCACACACAUGAAAAUGCUCUAUUGUACAUAUAUCUGCAUACAUUAUGCAACAUUUACAUUGCAAUGUUAUCAAUGCAAACAUGGAGGAAUAUGUUUAUAAACAUUCAUAUUUAAUUUUGAAUAUUUCCACAGCUCAACUCAAAGCUCUCAGUUUAGGUCCAGCCUCACAUUAGCAACCCCCCGCUCAAUCUUUCCCAUAACACAUCACACCUUUUAUACGCUGUACAUUUAGAUGUGAUAUGAUGCAACGCAGAACAACAACUAAACCAUGUGAAUAGUUUGAGGACGACCACUUUGCACUUUUGCUUCUCUGUGUCUUCAGGAGACCAGUCCUUGCCUAGCUGUGCUCUGUCCGUCUGUCCGUCUGUCUGUCCGCUUGCCUGCCUGACUGUGUGUCGUUCUUCCAGUCCGUCGGUCUUUCUCCCCACCCACCCACCCCCCGGCCCCUCAUCGUCGUUCGCUCUGCGUAGUCUUCCCACGGUGUGAUGUGUUGUGUAGGUUGGAGUUCAGGCACGGAUCUAAGAUCAGCUCCCUUUUUGCCCAAAAAUCCAAAUAGAGAAAAACACUGACCUUAGAUCAGUGUCCAGGGGCAACGUCACUGCUAGUCUGUCCUGUAAUGUACAAACGUCCUGCAUGUUGACCCCAGGAACACUGUGAUUCACUUUGCUGUAACCAUGGCAACCCCCCCCUCCCACUCCCCAUAUAAAAGUUGGGGGCCUCCAAUAUUUUACCUGUGUGAGCAUGGUGCAUAUAUAACCCUGGUACAGUAAGGUUUUAUAAUUAUGACCCGACUAACCGUCAUUAUCAUGGAGAAAACACACCGACAGUGGAAACAUGCUGAGCCUGAUGUGUUGAUAGAGACGAAGGUUGAGGCCACAAUCUGCUUUUUUUUUUUUUUCUUGCUUCACAUCACAACAAAUGGAGCAAUACCCCAGUGUCCAACACAUACACACACCCCUAGAGUGCACAUUAACUCCAAAAAGGGCUACAGGAUCAGUGGACCGGGAUGUCAGUUUACGCACUAAUACAUACUGUCCACACUUCUGUUGGCAAAUUGACCACAAGGUUUCCCCACGUGCCCCCCCUCCCCUGUUGUACCUGCUCUGCCAUAGAAACAAGGCCACACUGCAGACACGCUCCGAUUCAGAAAGUCUCUCAUGAGUGACACUGUGGAGGAAGCCCAAAGGACACGCGACGCUGAAGGACACUUUCCUCCCGAUCGCCUGCACACUAAACCCAUCUCUUUAAGGCAAUAGUGGUUUGUUUGUACGUUCACUGAACCUCGUGGUUUUUAAGAAGAACAAACCCCCCUGUGGACACUGCUGUGUCUUUUGUUAUUGUGUGCAUGUGUGUGAAGGUGUGUGUGAGUGUGUGUGUGUGUGGGCUGACUGUCACACCCGGCAAAAUGGGCUGUGAGAUUGUGAGCAAUAUAUUGUAUCUACAUACCCUAAAUGUAUGCGCUGUCAAUAUAAAUACAGGAGCACCAACUGCAAUAUCCAGACCCAAGGAAUGGGAAACUUUAAGAUUCUUUUUUAAAUUUCCUUUUAUUUAUGGACUCAUAAAAUCCCUAUUGAGAUUGUGUACGAUUUUUCUCACGUUUUGGAUAAGAAGGGAAGUGUUUUGUCCUAGAGUUCCUAUUUGCCUUUAGGACCAAAUUUGCACGAGCUCAUGUUUUUUUUUGUUUUCAAAGAAAGAAGCCAUCGGAGUCACCGCCAAGCAUUUAUGUUGUCUCGGUUUAAGUCUUGUCAUGAGCGUUAAUGAACCCCUUUAUCUUUCACUGCAAAAAGGUGAACAAACACUCACAGUCAUAGUCCGGCUCGUCUUGUAGUCACUUUGUGAAAUUUAAUGAUGUCAGUGACAGUGAGGUUUUCCUGUCGCUGUGCGGAGCUACACCAGACUGUCACUGCUGGCCUGUCACAUGUUGUCUUUAUGAAAUACUGUUGAAUUCUACCAAAAAACAAAGCUUCUGAAUGUUAUUUAUCUUCAGCAGAGCCUUCUUUCUACGAUCAGAGGGACAGUUAAAUCCAAAAUGGACACCAACCAUACCUUUAAUUCAGGCGUCCAAAUUUCACUUAAAUAAAACGGAUCAUUUUUGGUGAACCAGCCUUUCAAAAUUUAACAUUUAACACGCAGUGCAGAUACAUUGUUUUUAUGUGUUCAAUAAGUAAUCCCAGGGUUCAAGACAAAACUUGACAUGUCAGGUUGUAGCUGUAAAAGCAAAAAAAGAAACAACAGCAUUUAUAACCGAUCAUCCAGUUUGGGGCUCGUUGGUUUGCCUGCUUCAUGUAUGUAUGCACACACACACACACACACACACACCACUGCACACACCACUGCACACACCACUGCACACACACGCACUGACGACACACACACCUGCACACACAUCUACACACCGAUCUCUGCUCAAGCACAAAAAAGGGCACAUGUAAGAUGACACACAUGCAUGCAUGCACGCCGACACAACUCCGUGGAGACCAAUGACGCCCACCCUGUGAAUAGAAUCAACUUACAAUUGCAUGAUGGGAAACUUUAUCGUGCCAGCACGUGUCUCUUUGAUGUGACUUUUUAUUUUCCUUUUUUUAAAUUUUGAUUUCCAAAGCUAUGUAAUGAUAAGUCAUCAAUGUUUUUUUUUUUUUUCAAAACAGCUUGUGAAUACGUCAUCUGUAACCAAUAUGAAUGUAGUGUGAACACAGAACUCGCAUGAGAGAAUUAUUUUCUACUAAGGAUGUUUCUAAUUUGUUUCUUAUCAUUAUUGAUUGUUCUUUAAUGAGGAUGAAGGGGAACUGGAAUGCAGCCUGAUUGUGAUCUGCUUCCUAUUAAAAGGACAUUUGUGUCACGAUCUAAA